AUGGGGAAAUGGGAUAGGCAAGAGGAUGUAAUAAAUGAAGCCAUUCUUGAGUGCAUGAUAAAAGGCGGUUCAGUUGGAAGCAUGGAAAGAAUUCUGGAAAGCAUAAGGUACUUUACCAAAACUAUAACGAUGUUAUCAUUAAAGGAUGCUGGAAUGACGGAAGAGCGGGCCAAAGAAAUAUUGGAUGUAAUUAAUAGUGGGGAAUAUCUGAUAAGGGUAAAAUUGAUUAAUGCCGACGCGAAAAUACUUCCUAACGGAGCGAAAAGCUAUGGUUUCAAAAUCCGCGAUAAAUAUGUGCCUAUCCAUGAAUCAAGAAAGGCAGGCAGUAAAUACAUUCAAAUAUUAUAA